AUGCCGACGUACAAGCUAAUGUAUUUCAACGUCACCGGCCUUGGGGAACCAAUUAGGUUUAUGUUCAAUCAUUGCGGAAUCAAAUUCGAGGAUGUCCGAAUCAGCCACGAGGAUUGGCCGAAGUAUAAACCAAACAUGCCCAUGGGACAAAUGCCAGUUCUGGAGAUCGAUGGUAACCAAUAUUAUCAGUCCAAGGCCAUUGGACGCUUUAUCGCUAAGAAGGGCAAUUUAUACGGAUCCGAUGAUUUCGAGGCCAUGAAGAUCGAUGCCACUGUUGAUUCUAUAGAAGAUGUAAGACAAGCUCUGGCUGUCUAUUACAAGGAACAAGAUCCCGUUUUUAAAGCAAAACUCAAGGAGGCUGCCUUGCAAAAACUGUCUUUCUGUCUCGACAAACUCGAGGCUCAAGUUAAGAAGAACGGCGGAUAUUUCGUCGGAGGCAAGUUAUCGUGGCCAGAUUUCCUGUGGGCUGCGUAUUUUGAUUUGCUGAACUUUGUCUUGGCCGAAGAUCCGAACAAGGAUCAUCCCGAAUUGAAGAAGUUAGUGGGAAAAGUUCGUGCUUUGCCUAACAUUAAAGCUUAUCUCGAGAAACGACCCCAGACGCAAUUGUAA